AAGCCAGUCCAAGAAUUUCAAGAUCGAAACGCAAGAUCUCCUUCCAUUCACGUUCUAGAAGCUUAUAGAGCUGAUCUUUCUCGCUCCAUUCUCUAUCGGGAAGAUUUCAGCGAUCAGACUCGAUCGUUCAUGCCAAUCUUUCCCGAUUUCUGACAAUCGAACCAAGACAGAGAGAUAAGCGGUCAGAUCUCAACGUCGGAACGAUGUCGGGCCUCGAUUCGGGCCCACAGGGGCUGACGAGGCGGUCCUCCAGGAGCUCAGGGAUGGCGACAUUCUCCUUGGAAGUCUUCGACAACGAGGUCGUGCCGUCAUCGCUUGGCAGCAUCGCUCCGAUCCUCAGAGUAGCGGCCGAGAUCGAAUCGGAGCGGCCGAGGGUGGCCUAUCUCUGUCGGUUCUACGCGUUCGAGAAGGCGCAUAGGUUGGACCCGAGCUCCACCGGUCGAGGCGUUCGGCAGUUCAAGACUGCAUUGUUGCAGAGAUUGGAGCGGGACAACACACCAAGUCUCGCAGCAAGGGUGAAGAAGACCGAUGCAAGAGAAAUCGAGAGCUUCUAUCAGCAAUACUACGAGCACUAUGUCAGAGCCCUCGACCAAGGGGAGCAGGCUGAUCGAGCCCAACUUGGAAAAGCCUACCAAACAGCUGGAGUGCUUUUUGAAGUGCUUUGUGCUGUUAAUAAGACCGAAAAAGUUGAUGAAGUCGCUCCUGAGAUUAUUGCAGCUGCUAAACAUGUCCAAGAAAAGACUGAAAUCUAUACUCCUUACAACAUUCUUCCCUUGGAUGCAGCUGGCGCUUCUCAGUCUAUCAUGCAACUUGAGGAGAUUAAGGCAGCUGUGACUGCUCUGUGGAACACUCGUAGCUUGAAUUGGCCCUCAACAUUUGAGCAGCAGAGACAGAAAACAGGAGAUUUAGAUCUUCUUGAUUGGCUAAGGGCUAUGUUUGGAUUUCAGAGAGACAAUGUCAGGAAUCAAAGAGAGCAUUUGAUUUUACUUCUUGCUAAUGUCCAUAUAAGGCUGGUGCCCAAGCCUGAGCCCUUGAACAAGUUGGAUGAACGAGCAAUAGAUGCAGUCAUGAAUAAACUAUUCAAGAACUACAAAACAUGGUGCAAGUUUUUGGGGCGGAAGCACAGCUUACGGCUCCCUCAAGGGCAACAAGAAGUGCAGCAGAGAAAGAUACUGUACAUGGGUCUGUAUCUCCUUAUUUGGGGUGAAGCAGCAAACAUCCGCUUUAUGCCAGAAUGCCUAUGCUACAUUUUUCAUAAUAUGGCAUAUGAACUCCACGGUCUGUUAGCUGGAAAUGUUAGUGUUGUGACUGGAGAGAAUAUAAAACCCUCGUAUGGUGGGGAUGAUGAAGCGUUUCUUAGAAAGGUCAUAACUCCAUUGUACCGUGUAGUUGAGAAGGAAGCCAAGAAAAGCAGAAAUGGGAAAGCCCCUCAUUCAUCUUGGUGUAACUACGAUGAUCUAAAUGAAUAUUUCUGGACGGAUGAUUGUUUCUCUUUGGGCUGGCCCAUGCGUGAUGAUGGUGAUUUCUUCAAAUCAACACGUGAUGCAAGGCCAGCGACAGAGGUGGGGCCAGGAUCUCAGAAAAUAUCUAAAAAGAGUACUGGCAAAACAAAUUUUGUUGAGACCAGAACAUUUUGGCACAUCUUUCGAAGUUUUGAUCGCUUAUGGACCUUUUAUAUACUUGCAUUGCAGGUAAUGGUAAUAGUUGCGUGGAAUGGCUCUUCACCACUGGAUGUUAUUAGAAAGGAUAUCCUAUAUGGUGUUUCUAGUAUUUUCAUAACAGCAGCCUUCCUACGCCUCCUCCAAAGCAUUUUGGACCUUUUUCUGAACUUCCCGGGCUAUCACAGGUGGAAGUUUACUGAUGUGCUGAGAAACAUUCUCAAGAUACUUAUUAAUCUAGCUUGGGUCAUUAUUCUUCCACUCUGUUACUUGCAUACCGUGUCGUUUUCUAUUGCACAAGUGAAAGAUUUUACGAAGUUGCUUCAUCGAGUGAGAGGUGUACCACCUUUGUAUAUCAUGGCUGUGGCAUUGUACUUGCUGCCCAAUUUACUAGCUGCAAUAUUGUUCAUAUUUCCAAUGCUACGCCGAUGGAUUGAGAACUCGGAUUGGCACAUAAUAAGGUUACUUUUAUGGUGGUCACAGCCACGAAUUUAUGUUGGUAGGGGAAUGCAUGAGAGCCAGUUUGCACUUUUCAAAUACACAAUUUUCUGGUUGUUGCUUCUCUGUUGCAAAUUGGCAUUCAGCUUUUACAUCCAAAUAAAACCUUUGGUGAAGCCAACCAAAGACAUAAUGAAAGUUCGUCGCAUUAAAUAUGCUUGGCAUGAGUUUUUUCCUGAGGCUAGGUACAACAUUGGUGCAGUUAUCUCGCUCUGGGCACCUGUAGUCUUGGUGUAUUUUAUGGACACUCAAAUCUGGUACGCAAUUUUCUCCACAUUGUAUGGUGGUGUUUCUGGAGCUUUCGAUCGCCUUGGAGAGAUACGGACAUUGGGAAUGCUGAGAUCACGAUUCCAAUCUUUACCUGGAGCCUUCAAUACAUAUUUGGUUCCAACAGACAGAGCCCGGAGGAGAGGAUUUUCUUUCUCGAAGCGCUUUGCUGAGGUUACUGCAAACAGGAGAACAGAGGCUGCAAAGUUUGCUCAGUUGUGGAACGAAGUGAUGUGUAGUCUCCGAGAAGAAGACCUCAUAAGUGACAGGGAAUUGGAUCUAUUGAUAGUUCCUUAUUCAUCAGAUCUAAGUCUGAAACUAAUACAGUGGCCACCCUUCUUGCUCGCUAGCAAGAUCCCAAUAGCCUUAGAUAUGGCAGCUCAAUUUCGAACCAGGGACUCCGAUCUGUGGAAGCGCAUCUGCGCUGAUGAUUAUAUGAAAUGUGCUGUGAUUGAAUGCUAUGAGUCUUUUAAACAUCUCCUGAAUAUUUUGGUGGUUGGGGAAAAUGAGAAAAGGAUUAUUGGCAUUAUCAUUAAAGAAAUUGAAGGCAGCAUUUCAAAGAACACAUUUCUUGCCAAUUUCAGAAUGAGUCCUCUUCCUGCCCUCUGCAAGAAAAUUGUAGAGCUUGUAGAGAUCUUGAAAGAAGGUGAUGCAGCUAAACGCGAUGCUGUGGUAUUGCUGUUGCAAGAUAUGCUGGAAGUAGUUACUCGUGAUAUGAUGGUGAACGAAAUCCGAGAAUUGGUUGAGCUUGGUCAUGGUAACAAGGACACAGUCCCCAGAAGACAACUUUUUGCAGGCACCGAUCCAAAACCUGCAAUAUUGUUCCCUCCUGUAGCAACUGCUGCAUGGGUAGAACAGAUAAAACGUCUAUACCUCCUUUUGACAGUCAAGGAAUCUGCCAUUGAUGUGCCAACAAACCUUGAAGCGCGUAGAAGGAUAACCUUUUUCUCAAACUCCUUAUUUAUGGACAUGCCACGUGCUCCCCGAGUACGUAAAAUGCUCUCGUUCAGUGUCAUGACUCCUUACUAUAGUGAAGAGACUGUCUAUUCUAAGAGUGACCUUGAGCUGGAAAAUGAAGAUGGUGUAUCGAUCAUAUUCUACCUGCAGAAAAUAUUCCCAGAUGAAUGGAACAAUUUUAUGGAGCGACUCAAUUGCAAAAGAACAAGUGAGGUUUGGGGAAAUGAAGAGAACGUCCUGCUUCUUCGUCAUUGGGCUUCCCUAAGAGGACAAACACUCUUUAGAACAAUUAGGGGGAUGAUGUAUUACCGAAGGGCUUUGCAGCUUCAAGCCUUUCUUGACAUGGCUUCUGAACGUGAGAUUUUAGAAGGCUAUAAGGCAGUCACUGAACCUCCGGAGGAUGAGAAAAAGAGCCAGAGAUCUCUAGCUGCUCAACUAGACGCAGUGGCCAACAUGAAAUUCACAUAUGUUGCGACCUGUCAAAAUUAUGGGAAUCAAAAGCAAUGUGGAGAUCGUCGUGCAACUGACAUUUUGAACUUGAUGGUUAAUUAUCCAUCUCUCCGUGUUGCAUAUAUUGACGAAGUAGAAGAAGGAGAAGGCGGAGGAGUACAGAAGGUCUAUUACUCUGUUUUGGUCAAAGCUGUGGACAAUCUUGACCAGGAAAUCUAUCGGAUAAAAUUGCCAGGAUCAGCAAAGAUAGGGGAAGGCAAGCCUGAAAAUCAGAACCAUGCAAUAGUUUUUACUCGAGGGGAAGCACUUCAGACCAUUGACAUGAAUCAGGACAAUUACCUGGAAGAAGCUCUUAAGAUGCGUAAUCUUUUGGAAGAAUUCAAUGAAAAUCAUGGAGUGCGUCCACCUACAAUUCUAGGCGUUCGCGAACAUAUCUUUACAGGAAGUGUUUCUUCUUUAGCCUGGUUUAUGUCAAACCAAGAAACAAGUUUUGUCACUAUUGGACAGAGAGUUCUUGCAAACCCGCUGAAGGUCCGGUUCCACUAUGGUCAUCCAGAUGUAUUUGAUAGGAUCUUCCACAUCACCAGAGGUGGAAUCAGCAAGGCAUCUCGCGGAAUCAAUUUAAGCGAGGACAUUUUUGCUGGUUUCAACUCCACACUAAGACGUGGGAAUAUAACCCACCAUGAGUACAUCCAGGUUGGGAAAGGACGUGAUGUUGGGCUUAAUCAGAUCUCACUCUUUGAAGCAAAAGUGGCCUGUGGUAAUGGAGAGCAGAUACUCAGCAGGGAUAUAUACCGUUUAGGUCAUCGGUUUGACAUGUUCCGUAUGCUGUCGUGUUAUUUUACAACAGUAGGGUUUUAUGUCAGCUCAAUGAUGGUUGUCAUUAUAGUCUAUGUUUUCUUGUAUGGGAAACUCUACCUAUCAUUGAGUGGAUUGGAGAAUUCGAUCGUGACGAAUGCACGUGCUCGAGGAGAUGAUCCCCUGGAGGCAGCCAUGGCAUCCCAGUCUCUUGUUCAGAUAGGCCUAUUGAUGGCCUUGCCAAUGGUCAUGGAAAUUGGACUAGAAAGAGGUUUCCGAACUGCGCUGGGUGACAUUAUCAUCAUGCAGCUUCAGCUGGCUGCUGUUUUCUUCACAUUCUCUCUUGGGACAAAGAUCCACUAUUUUGGCCGCACCGUCUUGCACGGUGGGGCCAGGUACAGAGCCACAGGACGAGGUUUCGUGGUCCGGCAUGACAAGUUUGCUGAGAAUUACAGGAUGUACUCAAGGAGCCAUUUCGUGAAAGGGCUGGAACUGAUGGUAGUGCUGAUAGUAUAUCAGAUAUAUGGAGCUGUUGUGACCGACUUUACUUCUUAUUUACUUCUCUCAGUAUCAAUGUGGUUUCUUGUGGUUUCAUGGUUGUUUGCACCCUUCCUUUUUAAUCCAUCGGGCUUUGAGUGGCAGAAAAUAGUAGAAGAUUGGGAGGAUUGGAGCAAGUGGAUAAGUAGCCGGGGCGGGAUCGGAGUGCCCGCUAACAAAAGCUGGGAAUCUUGGUGGGAAGAGGAGCAAGAGCACUUGCAAUACACUGGGUUCUCUGGACGGUUCUGGGAGAUUGUCCUGUCCCUUAGGUUUUUCCUCUAUCAGUAUGGGCUUGUGUACCAUUUGCAUGUGACCAAUGGCAACAAAAGCAUCAUAGUCUAUGCUCUGUCCUGGGUCGUCAUUGUUGUUGUGAUGCUCAUCUUGAAGGUAGUGUCAAUGGGCAGGAAGAAGUUCAGUGCGGAUUUUCAGCUAAUGUUCCGACUUCUCAAACUGUUCUUGUUCCUUGGGUCAGUGGGAACCAUCGGUAUCUUGUUUAUGUUCCUUAAUCUCACCAUUGGUGACGUAUUCAUCAGCAUUCUGGCCUUCAUGCCAACAGGCUGGGCAUUGUUGCAGAUAUCACAGGCUGUGAGGCCAGUACUGAAGACAUUGGGUUUGUGGAGCUCUGUCAAAGCUUUUGCCAGGGGCUACGAGUACAUGAUGGGGCUGAUCAUAUUUACACCAGUGGCUGUUCUGGCAUGGUUCCCAUUUGUCUCAGAGUUCCAGACAAGGCUACUGUUCAAUCAAGCAUUCAGCCGAGGCCUGCAGAUUUCGCGUAUCCUGGCUGGCGGGAAGAAGCAGAGCUGAAAAGAGUCUGGUUUCUUUGAGGAGAAAACAUGGAGGUUGGUUUACUGUAUAGAAAAAAUUAAAAAAAAAAAAAUAGAAAACAAAAAAACUACAUUCAUGUGUAUGUAGUCUUUUCUCUCUUCUUUCUAUUCUUCAAGCUUGUUGUAACCUGUAAAUUAGCUUUUCAAUUUCCAUAUAUGCUUGAUAUCAUUCAAUAAACAUAUUCGUAUUCCAAGUGAUUUAGAUCAAUCUGGGGAGACUUCUGGGACAUACCCGACUAAUGGUUUCAGUAAAUCAAAUGCAGUCCUUGCAUGUGCGAAAUCAUGUAUAUUAUCUGAUGAAUGUGAAGCAUUGCUGUAUUAUUCUUUAA